CAAAGAACUGCAUGCUAUGUUCACCUAGAAAGGAUAUCCUCGCAUAUUUUGUUACGAAUAUGGAAUACAACAAGGGCGAGACCAGUUUCGUUGUGUUCAUGUUCGUCAUUCUUGUCCUGUUCUCAAUAUUGGGCAAUUUUAUGGUAAUUUAUGUGAUUCUCAAGUGUCGUGGAUUGCGAACUGUGACGAACUACUUCCUGUUCAAUUUAUCUGCCGGUGAUUUGUUAACGCUGUUCCAAAUUGUGCCAAAUGUUCAUUAUGUAUUGACAAGAGACUGGAUAUUUGGACUUAGUUUGUGCAAACUGUCGCAGUUCUUCACAGUUUUCAAUAUCGCCAUAUCGGUCUUCACAUUCGUGGGCAUCACGGCAGAUCGGUACACUGCAAUAAUGUUUCCUCUGCGUCCGAGAAUACGUCCAAGGACCGCAAUUUUCUACAUUUUUCUUAUAUGGCUCGCUGCGUUUGUCGUUGGUCUACCGAGUUUAAUUUUCGCAAACGUCGAAGCCACACCCGUGCUUCUACGAGGGCGCUCAUCUGUGAAGAAAAACGAAACACAAGGAGAGCAGAAUGUGACAUAUCCAAAUGCAGACACAACGGUCAACACAACACAACUGGAAGACACUACGAGGCAGUGUUUUCUUGCUUUAAACCCAAAAUAUGAUGAACUGUAUGACUAUGCUCUUUUCACGCUCCUCUACGUGCUACCGCUCAUGGUACUAGCAGCGACGUACGUGCCCAUUUCUCUCCGAUUAUGGUUUCAUCGGGGUAUUGGUGAAAUCACUCGCGCGCAAGUGGAAAGUGUCCGGUCGAAGAGGAGAGCCGUCAAAAUGAUGUGCGCUAUGAUGUGCAUUUUUGCCAUUUGCUGGUUCCCGUAUCAAGUGUUUUUCAUCAUCCUCCGAGUGAAACCAGAGUUUAAAAGAUCACCACCGGCGUUUGCCAUCUUUAUAGCUUGUUAUUGGCUGGCGAUGAGCAACGCUAUCUACAACCCAAUUAUCUACUUUACAAUGAACCGCAGAUUUCGGAAUGGACUUAUAAAUGCACUCUCCUGUUUCUCCUGUUCAAAACCUGCACCAAGUCAGGUAGAGCUUAACAUUAUGAAGGACGCUCAACUCAGCUAUCCGGACCCACAAGGCCAUUUGGGCUCUAGCAACACAGUUGAACACUAUCAAUAUUCGGUGGUUACGAGCGUGGUCUAGUUUGGAACACACUGAUGUGCUUUCUUGUCCUAAGAUGAAUACAUCCCUAUUGAAUUUAUUUUGACACAACUGGGAAGAGUUAAUUAGAUUGAAGACAUGCUCGUAGUACUGGUGUUUUCA